GGGGUCGCUCCGGGUCGCGCGCGGAGCAGGGGCUAGAGGGAAGGGUCAGCCUCCAGGGCUGGCAGGCGCCUGCGCCGCGGGGCUCCCGUCAGGACGCGCAUUCUCGCUCCCUCCCUCGGCUGCGCGCGCCCGGUGGGCGUGGGAGGAGGCGGGGAACCGGGGAGGGGUGGGUGUCGCAGGAGGGAAGGAGCGAACCGGAGAGCGUCGUCCUGAGAGGAGUGAAGGCGGCAAAAUGGCGGACCGCUUCUCCCGCUUCAACGAAGACCGAGACUUUCAGGGUAAUCACUUUGAUCAGUAUGAGGAAGGACACUUGGAAAUUGAACAAGCAUCACUUGACAAGCCUAUAGAAUCGGAUAAUAUUGGACACCGCUUACUCCAGAAACAUGGGUGGAAGCUGGGCCAGGGAUUGGGAAAAUCUCUUCAGGCAUUAUGAUCCUGGACUUGUUGUGGUGAUGGUAAUCUUAGCAGUGGGAGAACAGAUCCCAUUCCAAUCGUUGUCAAGUAUGAUGUCAUGGGCAUGGGUCGCAUGGAAAUGGAGCUUGAUUAUGCUGAAGAUGCUACCGAACGGCGCCGUGUCCUAGAAGUAGAAAAAGAAGACACAGAAGAGCUGAGACAAAAGUACAAGGAUUAUGUUGACAAAGAGAAGGCAAUUGCCAAAGCCUUGGAAGACCUCAGAGCCAACUUUUAUUGUGAACUGUGUGAUAAGCAAUAUCAGAAACAUCAGGAAUUUGAUAACCAUAUCAACUCCUAUGAUCAUGCACACAAGCAGGAAGGCACACAGGAUUAUUAUGAAUCUGAGAUAAUAGCUGAUGUAUUGAAAGCAAAUCCUUCUAAUUUGGGAGCCCAGAUCACAAGAAGAUUAAAAGAUCUGAAGCAGAGAGAGUUUGCUCGAAAUGUCUCUUCAAGAUCCCGCAAGGAUGAGAAAAAACAGGAAAAAGCCCUUCGGCGGCUCCAUGAGUUGGCAGAGCAAAGAAAACAAGCUGAAUGUGCACCUGGAAGUGGUCCCAUGUUCAAACCAACCACAGUGGCUGUAGAUGAAGAAGGUGGAGAAGAUGAUAAAGAUGAAUCAGCUACAAAUAGUGGCACAGGUGCCACUGCUUCUUGUGGCCUGGGAUCUGAAUUCUCCACAGAUAAAGGAGGCCCUUUCACUGCAGUACAAAUCACUAAUACCACUGGACUGGCCCAGGCUCCUGGGUUAGCCUCCCAAGGCAUCAGCUUUGGCAUUAAGAAUAAUCUGGGGACCCCAUUGCAAAAAUUGGGAGUGUCAUUUUCUUUUGCCAAGAAGGCUCCUGUCAAACUCGAAUCAAUAGCAUCAGUUUUCAAGGACCAUGCGGAAGAAGGGACCUCUGAAGAUGGAACAAAACCCGAUGAGAAGGGUUCUGACCAAGGACUGCAGAAGGUAGGAGACUCUGAUGGGAGCAGUAAUCUUGAUGGUAAAAAAGAGGAUGAAGACCCUCAGGAUGGAGGGUCCCUUGCCUCAACAUUAUCCAAAUUAAAAAGGAUGAAACGAGAAGAAGGAGCUGGGGCUACAGAGCCUGAGUAUUACCACUACAUCCCCCCAGCACACUGCAAAGUAAAACCUAAUUUUCCCUUUCUACUUUUUAUGAGAGCCAGUGAACAAAUGGAUGGUGAUAAUACUACACACCCAAAGAAUGCCCCAGAGAGUAAAAAAGGCAGUUCUCCCAAGCCUAAAAGCUGCAUCAAGGCGGCAGCAAGCCAAGGAGCAGAAAAGACAGUUAGUGAAGUCUCUGAGCAGCCGAAGGAAACCAGCAUGACCGAGCCCUCAGAACCAGGAAGCAAAGCUGAGGCAAAGAAGGCCUUAGGAGGGGAUGUAAGUGAUCAGAGUUUAGAAAGUCAUAGUCAGAAGGUUUCAGAGACCCAAAUGUGUGAGUCCAACUCUUCUAAAGAAACCUCUCUGGCCACCCCAGCAGGGAAAGAAAGCCAAGAAGGACCCAAACAUCCUACUGGUCCCUUCUUCCCAGUUUUGAGCAAAGAUGAAAGCACUGCCCUCCAGUGGCCAUCAGAACUAUUAAUUUUCACCAAGGCAGAACCCUCCAUUUCAUACAGUUGUAACCCUUUAUAUUUUGACUUUAAACUUUCAAGGAACAAAGAUGCCAGAACUAAAGGAACAGAAAAACCAAAGGAUAUAGGAAGCUCCUCAAAGGACCAUCUCCAAGGCCUAAAUCCUGGUGAGCCAAAUAAAAACAAGGAAGUGGGCGGAGAGAAAAUAGUACGUUCCUCAGGAGGCAGAAUGGACGCACCUGCUUCAGGGUCUGCCUGUAGCGGCCUGAACAAGCAGGAGCCUGGGGGUAGCCAUGGGUCUGAGACAGAAGACACAGGGAGAAGCCUUCCCAGCAAGAAAGAACGAUCUGGGAAGUCCCACCGGCACAAAAAGAAAAAGAAGCACAAAAAAUCCAGCAAACACAAACGUAAACACAAGGCUGACACAGAAGAGAAAAGCUCUAAGGCAGAGUCAGGGGAGAAAUCUAAGAAGCGCAAGAAACGAAAACGAAAGAAGAAUAAGUCAUCAGCCCCAGCAGAUUCUGAACGAGGACCCAAACCAGAACCCCCUGGGAGUGGCAGUCCCGCACCACCAAGAAGAAGGCGGCGAGCUCAAGAUGACUCCCAGCGGAGAUCCCUCCCAGCUGAAGAGGGGAGCAGUGGCAAAAAGGAUGAAGGUGGGGGUGGUAGCAGCUCCCAAGACCAUGGUGGGAGGAAACACAAAGGUGAACUUCCACCUUCAUCCUGCCAGCGAAGAGCAGGCACCAAACGGAGCAGCCGGUCUAGCCAUCGGAGCCAACCCAGUAGUGGAGAUGAGGAUAGUGAUGAUGCUUCCUCACACCGGCUGCACCAGAAGUCUCCAUCCCAGUACAGUGAGGAAGAAGAAGAGGAAGAUUCAGGCAGUGAGCAUUCCCGCAGCCGCUCAAGGUCUGGCCGGCGCCAUUCCUCGCAUCGUUCCUCCCGGCGUUCUUACUCAAGUAGCUCAGAUGCCUCUUCAGACCAGAGCUGCUAUAGUAGACAGCGCAGUUACUCUGAUGACAGCUACAGUGACUACAGUGACAGAUCACGAAGGCACUCCAAGCGCUCCCAUGACUCAGAUGACUCAGACUAUGCCAGCUCCAAACACCGAUCAAAACGGCACAAAUAUUCAUCUUCUGAUGAUGACUAUAGCCUCAGUUGCAGCCAGUCCCGAAGCCGAUCUCGGAGUCAUACCAGAGAGCGCUCAAGAUCCCGGGGCCGCAGCCGCAGCAGCAGUUGUAGUCGUAGUCGAAGCAAGCGGAGAAGCCGUAGCACCACAGCCCACAGCUGGCAACGGAGCCGGAGCUAUAGCCGGGACCGCAGCCGCAGCACCAGGAGCCCUUCCCAGAGAUCAGGCUCCAGGAAGGGAUCAUGGGGUCACGAGAGCCCUGAGGAGAGGCAUUCUGGGCGUCGGGACUUCAUUCGUUCUAAGAUCUACCGCUCCCAGUCCCCCCACUAUUUCCGAUCAGGCCGGGGAGAAGGUCCUGGGAAGAAAGAUGAUGGCAGAGGAGAUGACAGUAAAGCAACAGGUCCACCUUCCCAGAACAGCAACAUUGGCACAGGAAGAGGGUCAGAAGGUGACUGCAGUCCUGAAGACAAGAACUCUGUCACUGCCAAACUGCUACUGGAGAAGAUCCAGUCAAGGAAAGUGGAGAGGAAACCUAGUGUGAGUGAGGAGGUGCAGGCCACCCCUAAUAAAGCUGGGCCCAAGCUCAAGGACCCCCCACAAGGUUACUUUGGGCCCAAGCUCCCCCCAUCUCUUGGCAAUAAGCCUGUCCUUCCACUGAUAGGGAAGCUCCCAGCUACCCGAAAGCCCAAUAAGAAGUGUGAAGAGUCUGGCUUGGAAAGGGGGGAAGAGCAAGAACAGUCAGAGACAGAAGAGGGGCCCCCAGGGAGUAGUGAUGCCCUAUUUGCGCAUCAGUUCCCUUCAGAGGAAACAACUGGCCCCUUAUUAGACCCACCCCCAGAAGAGUCAAAGUCUGGAGAAGGUACUGCUGAUCACCCUGUGGCUCCACUAGGCACCCCAGCACAUUCUGACUGCUACCCUGGGGACCCAACCAUCUCCCAUAACUACCUCCCCGACCCCAGUGAUGGGGACACCCUGGAGUCCCUGGAUAGCAGCAGUCAGCCAGGCCCUGUGGAGUCCAGCUUGCUGCCUAUAGCACCAGACCUUGAGCAUUUCCCCAGUUAUGCACCUCCCAGUGGGGAUCCUAGUAUUGAGUCAACAGAUGGGGCUGAGGAUGCUUCACUGGCCCCCCUGGAAAGCCAGCCCAUCACCUUCACCCCUGAGGAGAUGGAGAAGUACAGCAAGCUCCAGCAGGCUGCUCAGCAACACAUCCAGCAGCAGCUUCUGGCCAAGCAAGUAAAGGCCUUUCCAGCCUCAGCUGCCCUGGCCCCAGCCACACCAGCCCUGCAACCCAUCCACAUUCAGCAGCCAGCUACAGCCUCUGCCACCUCCAUCACAACUGUUCAGCAUGCCAUCCUACAACAUCAUGCUGCUGCAGCUGCUGCCGCCAUCGGCAUUCACCCUCACCCCCAUCCCCAACCACUUGCCCAGGUGCAUCAUAUUCCCCAGCCCCAUCUGACCCCCAUUUCUUUGUCCCACCUCACUCACUCAAUCAUCCCUGGCCACCCUGCCACCUUUCUCGCUAGCCAUCCCAUCCACAUCAUUCCCGCCUCAGCCAUCCAUCCUGGGCCCUUCACCUUUCACCCUGUCCCACAUGCUGCCCUCUACCCCACCCUACUUGCUCCACGGCCUGCUGCAGCAGCUGCCACUGCACUCCACCUUCACCCACUACUUCACCCCAUCUUCUCAGGUCAGGACCUGCAACAUCCCCCCAGCCAUGGCACGUGAGUUGGGGGAUGGGAUCCUAGGUAGGGCCAAGGGAGGAGACCCAUAAAUGUUCCCUUGGGGGUGUUGAGCCAUUAAUACCAGCAAGUAGAAGCUGGGAUGGGCAGUGUCUGACAGCCAAAGAAUUGAGUUUUGGCUUGCAGGGGUGGGUUUAGAUUUGAAGUUCGCUUUCAGUUUACUAUCAGGGAUUUCUUUUUCCUGUCCUCCUCUCAAUUUGUCCCUCCCUCUUCUGUGUUUCUAAGCUAGGGAACACCAGUAAGUGCUACCCACCCCUCUGCAGCAACAUCUCCAAACUGUCAAGUUUAGAUAAUCCCCUCCUCCCUCUGCUUUUUUCUCUGCUCUUCCCUUCUAUAAAUUUUAAAACAUUUUCCUCCCCUCUGGCCAGUGGGUUGUCACCAGAGCACUUGCUGUGGGCCCAUCUGGUCUUGCCUUCUCAGCGCCACAGGGAAGGCCAAGCUGUUCUAGUGGUGGAAGUGCCACCACUUUGGGGUAGUAUCUUUGACCAUCUUUGGUGACGUUAUGUUAUCCCAGGUGAGGUGGAAGGCGUCUCACCUGGAACCUGAUAUAACUCAGGCUGCAAUUCCAUCCAGUUCCCACAUCAACGGAGCCACACAUUUGGCACUGUUAUCUUGGUAUCCCUCAUCCCAGAAGAGGCAUCUCCAUAUCCCAGAAAAGAAGAUCCUAUCAUGAAUAAAAGCUGUAUGGAACAUAGAGUUGCCCGUGUACUUUCCCAGAGAGGAGCUCAUGUGUCUGAAGUGAAGGGUAUAUUUUCUUCUGUUGUGUUGAUGUUUCCUUCUUAAUUUAUAGGAUUUUUUUAAUGUAAAAAAUUGCACUGAACUCUAUAAACGUAAAUGCUGCUUUUUGUAGCUCAUAUAAAAAAGGUUCCAUAUUUGUAGUAUACUGCAAUAAUAUUUUUUACAUCCAGCUCUUUAAGUGAUCCUCGUUCUGGUGGCUUUGUGUAAAUAUGUUUGCCCUAGUUGAAUUAAGAAACUCUAAAGGUUAUAAAAUGAAAACAAAAAAAAAUAUUUGUUUUCUGCUAGAUGCAAAACUGACUAAGCAUGUAUAUUUUACCAAACUUAUGUAUUUUUUGAAGUUAUGAACUAUAAAAUGUUAAAACAUUUUUUGCUGGGACAAAAUGUUAAGUAAUUUGCAGUAUGUAGUGCCCCCAGUAUUGGGAUUUUUGAGCUAAUGGGCAGCAGUCAGCUGGGGGCUUCUGAGGGAUGCUCAUCUUUAACAGUCUCCCUCAUGUACUUUUGCUGUUUUACACAGAGAAACAGGUAGACCCCACAGAGGAGAAGGAGGGGAUUCAACAGCUUUAUUGUCUGGAAGCAGUGAGAUUUGGUGAUUGUCUGGGGGGAUUCCUGGGUUUCCCUGGGUACCUUGUUCCAGGCAGUCAGUCCAUUUGCCUUCCUAGUACUUAGCCCCCUCUGACAAUUUUUUUUUUUAAUGUGCCUUUUGGGUUGGUAGAAACUGAAGUAGAAGUAGGCUGGAGGAUGAGUUGGGACAGUCUUCCUUUUGUUGGGAGGUGAGCACAUUUACAGAUAUUUUGCUUCAUAGUUUCCAUGCCCUCUGCCCAGCUCAGUUUAGACAGUAAACGUUCCUUGUUUCUUUUCUCCCAUGACACUGACAAGAGGAAUUACCACCUCAGCCUCUUUUGCCCCUCUUCUUGCCUUUCACCCAGGCUCUCAGCCCUAAUUAACACACUGACCCAAAGGUGCUUGUGUUGCAGGUCCCAUCUCCUUUGAUGAGGUUAACAAUUCCCACUUUGGCAUUUUCCUAACUAUUCGUGUGGCUAGAAUUGGUUGGUUGGUCACUUGACAAGAAAAACCAUACUUACCUGGGCCAAGGCUCUGUUCCUGCCUUCUCAAAUUCUCAAAAGAGUAAAGUUUAUGAAAAGAAAGUGGCAGGCAAACACAACUCUUGACUGCCCUCCCACCCUCUGCCUGUUCAGUACUCAUCUGAUUCAGAAGCAUCACUUCUUGGAUAACUAGCACUGGAAAAAUGAAAUCAUCUGUGUAAGUGAAGGGACUCAUUUUUCUUUGCUUUCAGCCCAUGUAAAUAAAUAAUACAGUAUUAACAUUUUCGUGCUGCUUCCCAUUAGCUUGUAGAUUGAGCCAUACUCUGGCUGCCUCUUUGCCUUCCUAGGGGCAUUUUCUUUAACUUCCAGAAUAGUGAUUUUAAAAGUAAAAAUAAAAACCUUACUUACAAGCAUAACAGAUUGUAUUUAACUUUAUCACAUAUGAUAGAGAUAUCUAUGCUGUAAAAUGAGGGAAAGGAACUUUCUAAUAAACCAAUGAUUUGUGGAAACUUA